UAUAGUGAGCCUCGACAAACAAUCCCAAACAGAAAAAUCAAAUCCCACAUGACUCUCUGCUUGUUUUCUCCUUCCUUUCCCCGUUUCUCUUUCCCUUCCCACCGUUUCCCAAAUUUCCCUUCUGCCGCCUAUUUCUCCAAAAAUAUUACUUUUUCUUACUAUUGUUCCUCCAAGACCUUUAACUUCAAGCACAGAGCUUCAUUGAGUGAGGCUGAGGGUGAAAACAAGGUGCAGUCCGAGUUGUUAAAUGAUGAAUUGAUUAGUCGAAUUUCUGCUGCCAAAGAUGCAAGUGAGGUGUUGGAAAUAAUAUCCCAAAAGACUGGGGAAAAUGGUGGUGUUAUUAGCGCUUCUGAUUGCUGUUUGAUUAUCUCCGCCGCACUUGAUCGUAAUAAUGCUGACUUGGCACUCUCUGUCUUUGACGCUAUGCGUUCCACCUUUGAUCCUGGGACAACUGUUUCAGAAAGAGGCCCAUCCUACGAUAGAUGGAGGUGGUCAAGGCCAGAUGUUACGACAUAUACCUUGUUAGUUCGAGGACUAGCAACAUCACUGAGGGUUUCAGAUGCCCUUAAAAUCAUCGCCACUGUUUGUCGAGUGGGCAUUUCUCCUAGUGAAGAGGUUCUCUUCGGCAACAUUGUGCGUUGUCCAAGUUGCAUGAUUGCUGUUACUGUUGCUCAGCCACAAGAUGGUAUCCAGGUUGUAUCCUGUUCAAAAUGCCGCUACCAGUAUGAGCUCGUUUCGGGAAACAUAAUUAGUAUAGAGUCCGAAGAAAUUAGCGUGGAAAUUCCUGCAUGGAGAAGGGGACUAAGAUUCCUGCCAAUGAAGCAAAACAUUCCAGCUGCUGUUCAUUCUAUUGUGGUGGAGACCCCAUCAGGAAUGGCACGAACACACAGAUUUGCUACUGAAACAGUUGACCUUCCUGCACAACAAGGUGAGAGAGUGACCAUUGCUGUAGCAGCACCAGCAAAUGUUUACCGAGAGGUGGGUCCGCUAAAGUUUAAUCCUAAACCUCCAAACGUCUACCCAGGAGAACCUUUGUGCUUGACUAACCAUAGAGAUGGCCGUGAAUCACCCUUACUAAGAGCACCCAUAAAAGAUAGAGGCCCAUCUUUAUUGAACCCUUCUAUCCUCGUUCCUCUCCUUGCUGUAUUUGCCACUGGAGAUGCUGCCUCUGGAAUGAUAGAUCCCAACUUGCCUCAGAUGAUAACGGUCGCUGCAGUUUCCUCGAUCACUCUUGGGGCCACGUUAAACAGCCUGGUUUUCCCCCUAUUCAGCAAGCUUCCUCAGAGAUUAGUUGAUACCAUUGCAAUCAGGCAGCAACUCUUAUCUCAGUAUGAUGUGCUCCAAUCACGGAUAAAGGAGUUGAAAGGAUCUGCUGAGAAUGAGGUGUGGAUUUUGGCUCGCAUGUGCCAACUGGAAAACAAAAUCUAUGCUGUUGGAGAACCUUCUUAUCGGGCCCGGAAAAGUAGGGUGAAAAGGGUGCGUGAAAGCUUGGAAAGCUCCCUAAGGAGAAGGAUCGAGCUGAUUGAAAGCUAUGCAAGAAUUUCGUCCAUCAUAGAAAUUGAAGUAGAGAUGGAUUCAGAUGUUCUUGCUGCUGAAGCAGCAGGCAAUGCGGAAAAUAUUGCUGAACAAAUACAACAAAUAAUGGAGCUUGAGAAUCUUGAGGAAAAAUGGAAAAUCCAAGCAGAGGCAAACGAUGAGGCCGAAAGGCUUCUCAGUUCUGAACCCAUAACUACAGAAACGGUUUCAGAAAGAUGAUAACUACUGUGCAUAAUUGUACCAAGAGUAAAUAUCCAACCUUAGUGGUUCAUUUCAUUGUAUUUGGCAAUUUGUUAGGGACGUAUGCUGGAUCAAACAGAUGUUCAUUUCUGGGUUUCAUACGUUAUCAUUACCAGAGGCUUUCAUAAGUUUCACGAGAAGCUAGCCAGAGAUUCUGAAAUUUUCAAUUAGGAAUGGUCGUAAAGGGAAGAGAACUUGCAUCACAAGGGAUUCUCAGAACUCAGAAGUGAUCCAUACUUUACGUCUCAUUUAUCUUUCUUUUGUUGAUCUGUAAAGAUAUUGUUUAUUGGGGAAAAAACAGAAGAUGCAUCAUGUAGACUCUUUGGCGAUUAUUUGUGUAAUUCUUGAACUUCUCUUGCAAAUAAUCUUUUGAAGUUGGUACUUGUUUAGUUUA